AUGAAACCAUCAAUACUUCGAGGCUUGGCCUUUGCUGGACGCAGCAGCAAUAGGUGCUGGCCAAUCACGCGUCUCAACCAUCAAUGUACCAGGGCAUUCGGACAGAGCACGCGAUUGCGUCUAAGAGAGCAGACCAAAGGCGUGACGGCUGAGAACUCGACAUCGCAAGGACAGCCUGCGGCAAAUCUGAGUCAGGAUGUGGGCAAGGAAGAGAAGGAACACUACGAAAGGGUCGUUGAGCACAGCAAGCAGAGUCAGAUGCGGUCGCCGUGGAUGCGUGAGGGUAGCGAUAAGCCGCCUGUUGCGCGUCUGAGGUCGGCUGGUGCAAUGGUGAAAGGUAUAGGCAAACUCCUAACAACGCCUUCUCGCAUGCUCAAGCUUAUCCUUCCCCUAACCACCAAAGAUGUCAACAAAGAUCGCAAGGAUGUGGAACCUUUGGCUCUCCUUGUGCAUCCUCAACAACCCCUCAGCUACCUCGAACGCUUGAUCCAAUCCGAACUCCCCGUUAUCAAGAACGAGAAUGGAAAUGACAAAAUCCCUGCCGUCCACUUCCGCGCACAAGAUCUGGGAGAAGAAGCAAUUGAUCCUGAUCACCACGGACGCGAUGAGGAAACAGAAGACUACAACUUCGAACACUCGGAUGAUUUCAAGAUUGAUGGCAAGACAGAACGCACUGGUAAGCUCAACGAGUCAGGCGAGGUUACGGCACCAAAGCCAGUAAAUCCCGCCAGAGAACCCGAUCCAGAACACCCAAACUUUGUGCGCUGGUCGCCGAGUACUGAAAUUGGCGACUUCAUCAGAGAUGCUGCAAGAGGAAAGGAGUUCAGUGUUGAUAUCGAGGGUGCCCCUGAGCCCAUCUAUGUCGCUGUUCCGUCAUUCGCCGACCGUACCUACUACCUGCGCAUGCGUCUGCGCAAGACAGCCAGACAGAUUUCCGCCCUGGCAGACAUCAAGGCCGAGUGCGACAAGCUGGCCCAUAGGAGUGCUCAGCGUGUUGCUCAAGGAGGUUUUGCUGUGCUAGUGGGUUGGUGGGGUAGUGUCUAUGUCCUCACUUUCCAGACUGAUUUGGGCUGGGACGUCAUGGAGCCUGUUACCUACCUUGUUGGUCUGUCGACACUGAUUGGUGGUUACAUGUGGUUCCUCUACCACAACCGCGAAGUCAGCUAUCGUUCCGCUAUGAACUUUACCGUCAGCAAGAGACAGGACAAGCUGUACCAGCUGAAAGGCUUUGAUGUGUCCAAGUGGGAUGGUCUCGUUGAAGAAGGCAAUCGUCUGAGAAGAGAAAUCAAGAUGGUUGCUGAGGAGUACGAUGUCGACUGGGACGAAGCCAAGGAGGCAGGAGAUGAAAAGGUGGCCAAAGCAUUGCGCAACGAGCGUAAGAAGAAGCAGAUGGCCAAGGAUGACGAAGACGAGGAGGGAAAGAAGCGCAAGAAGUCCAAGGAAGAGGACGAUGACGAUGACUGA